AUGGCUGGAUAUCCAAACGAUUAUUCAUAUCAACAAUCAUCCAGGUUUCAUCCACAACAAGCUUAUCAGCAACAAGGAUACUCCCCUCAGGGAGGGCACCAAGGGUAUCAGCAACAAGAACAUUCUCCUCAAGGUGGUCGUCAACAAGAGUAUUCUCCUCAAGGAGGACGUCAGCAAGGAAACUCCCCUCAGGGUGGAUACCAACAAGGUUAUUCUCCUCAAGCAGGACAUCAACAAGGGCAGCAAGGGUAUCAACAGGAUUAUUAUAAUCAGCGAAAUAAUACUACAUCACCUGGUGCGGAUUAUUAUAACCAACGAACAAACACUUCAUCACCUGGUUCUGAUUAUUAUAACCAGCGAGCAAACACUUCAUCACCUGGUACGGAUCAUUAUAACCAACGAACUAACACUACAUCACCUGGUGCGGAUUAUUAUAACCAACGAAAUAACACUUCACCAGUCGGUGUACAAAAUCAUUCAUUGCAAAGACAACAGAAUUGGCCUGAACAUCAAGCUGUAAACUUACAACCUGAUCGUUCUAUUGAUGAUAGGGCUAAUAAAAGAAGGUCUUACCGUCACAUUGAACUUACUAACGGGAACUUAGUACUUGAUUGUCCUGUGCCAGACAAAGUACUUCGUAACGUGGGUUUUACGAAAGGAGAUGAAUUUGAACAUAUGAGAUACACCGCUGUCACGUGUGAUCCCGAUGAUUUCAUUAAAAACAAAUAUUUGCUCCGACCUCGUAUUUACGGACGAGAAACAGAGCUAAUGAUUGUUAUGACAAUGUAUAAUGAAGAUGAUAAAUUGUUUAUUAAAACUAUGUCUUCUGCUAUCAAAAAUGUUGCCUACCUUUGCUCAAAAAAAAGAUCAAAAACAUGGGGGGAAGAUGGUUGGAAAAAAGUGGUGGUAGUAAUCGUCUCUGAUGGACGUAAUAAAAUCAAUCAGCGUGUAUUAAAAGUUCUUGGAGCUAUGGGUGUUUAUCAAGAUGGUAUUAUGCAAGACAAUGUUGAUGGAAAACCUGUUACUGGGCAUCUUUUUGAAUAUAGUUCUCAAUUAAUGGUUGACAAAGAAUUUAGCAUUCGUGGUUCGGACAAGAAGUUGUCGCCUGUACAAGUCUUGUUUUGUUUAAAAGAAAAGAAUGCCAAGAAGUUAAAUUCACAUCGAUGGUUUUUUAAUGCUUUCGCCGCUCAAUUAAAGCCCAAUGUUUGUGUUUUACUUGACGUUGGCACUAAACCUUCUGGUACUUCGAUUUACCAUUUAUGGAAAGCUUUUGAUCGCGAUCCAGGAGUUGGAGGUGCUUGUGGUGAAAUCAAAGCCGAACUUGGAACUGCAUGGUUGAACCUCAUUAACCCAUUAGUUGCAUCCCAAAAUUUUGAAUAUAAGAUGUCCAACAUAUUAGAUAAACCUUUAGAGUCUGUUUUUGGUUAUAUUUCCGUGUUGCCUGGUGCUUUCUCAGCUUAUAGAUACAGAGCAUUACAAAAUACUGCACCUGGUAAAGGACCUUUGGCUUCAUACUUUAAAGGUGAAGCUAUGCAUGGUUCUAGUGCGGCUGAUGCUGGUAUCUUUGAAGCUAAUAUGUAUUUGGCUGAAGAUCGUAUUUUAUGCUUCGAGCUUGUUGCUAAAAAACACGAGUCCUGGAAAUUGAAAUAUGUUAAGUCUGCUAAAGCUGAAACUGAUGUUCCAGACAAUGUAGCUGAAUUUAUUUCACAACGUCGUCGUUGGUUAAAUGGAUCUUUCUUUGCAGCUUUCUAUUCUAUUGCUCACUUUACUAGGAUUUGGUCUUCUGGUCAACCUUUUUACAGAAUGGUCUUGUUACAAAUAGAGUUUAUAUAUAAUGCGAUUAAUUUAAUUUUCAAUUGGUUUGCUUUGGGUAAUUUCUAUUUGGCCUUCUUCUUUUUAACGCAAUCUACCAUUGCAACUCUUGAUCUGUAUGGAAGGGAAAUGUUUAAUUUUGCGCGUUCUCUUUACGUGAUGGUUAUAAUCACAGUUUUUAUUUGUUCUAUGGGUAACAGACCUCAAGGAUCAAAAAAGAUAUAUAUAUUGUGUAUACUUGUGUUUGCACUUCUAAUGUUGACAAUGAUGGGUUGUGCCGCCUACACUGUCUUUUUAAGUUUCAAAGAUACCGAUUUAAAGAGUCUUACGAAUAUCAAAAACGCUCUUAAACAAGCUGCGUUCAGAGAUAUUGUAAUUUCCUUACUAUCAACUUACGGUCUUUAUUUUGGUGCCUCAAUACUUCACUUAGAACCCUGGCAUAUGAUUACCUGUUUAGUUCAAUAUACUUUACUUAUUCCAUUUUACGUUAACAUCCUAAUGGUUUACGCGUUCUGUAACACACAUGAUGUUUCAUGGGGAACAAAAGGUGAUAAUGGAAGCUCUGGAGGAUUAGGAAGUGCCCAGGUGGUACCCGGUAAAGAUGGAAAACAAAUGAUGAAAGUAGAAAUGCUUCAUGAACGUGAAGAUAUUAAUGCGGCAUAUGACGACUUGGUUAAAGAUCUUAGAAUUAAAGUACACGAAGAAAAAAAGCAUAGAGAUGCUGCAACUAAAAAAGAGGAUUAUUAUAGAAUGUUUAGAACUAACCUUGUUCUAGCUUGGAUGUUUUCUAACGCUAUCCUAGUAGUGUUCUUUACUUCUGAUACUUGGAAUAAAUACUUGUUGUCAAAAUCAAAUGGAGAUGUUGUCUUUAACCCAUAUUUAACAUUUAUUUUUUGGUCCGUUACUGGUCUUUCUGCAUUUAGAGCAUUCGGUUGUGUAUGGUAUUUAAUCCUUAGAAUGAUAUUUGGUUAG